CAAGUGCAAGGGCGCACGCGCGGGGCUCCUGGAGGCCGCGCAAAGGAGCGCCCCUGCUAGUGCCCAUCCCCCAACUUUCACCGCGUGAGUCGGGAACCCGUACCCCCGGCUGCCUGGUCGCCGUGGUAGGUCGUUGUCAUGGCCUCUCCGUGGGAAGAACUGACUCUUGCCUUUUCUAGCAUGUCUAUGUUCCCUUUUUUUGACAUCGCUCACUACUUGGUAUCCGUGAUGGCGCUGAAGCGUCAGCCGGGAGCAGUGGCGGUGGCGUGGAAGAAUCCUGUUUCGAGUUGGUUUACUGCUAUGCUCCACUGUUUUGGUGGAGGAAUUUUAUCCUGUGUACUGCUUGCAGAGCCUCCAUUGAAGUUUCUUGCAAACAACACUAAUGUGUUACUAGCAUCUUCAAUCUGGUAUAUUAUUUUUUUUUGCCCAUAUGACCUAGUUUCCCAGGGCUAUUCUUUCCUACCUGUUCAACUCUUGGCUGCAGGAAUGAAGGAAGUGACCAGAACUUGGAAAAUAGUAGGUGGAGUCACACAUGCUAAUAGCUAUUACAAAAAUGGCUGGAUAGUCAUGAUAGCUAUUGGAUGGGCCCGAGGGGCAGGUGGUAGCAUAAUCACGAAUUUUGAGCAGUUGGUAAAAGGAGGUUGGCGACCACAAGCUGAUGAGUGGCUGAAGAUGUCCUACCCUGCCAAAGUAACCCUGCUGGGGUCAAUUAUCUUCACAUUUCAGCACACUGAACAUCUGGCAAUACCAAAGCAUAAUCUUGUGUUCCUUUACACCAUGUUUCUUGUGGGCACAAAGAUAAUCUCGAUGACUACAGAGACUGCUACUGUGCCUUUUGCUCCUUUCGAGGACACAUUGAGAUGGAUAUUAUUCGGCUGGCAGCAGCAGUUCUCAUCAUAUGAAAAGAAAAGUGAACUAAAAUCAUCUUCCAGAGGUACCGGUUCAUCGACCUCAAAAUCUAUAGCUGGUACUUCAGAUAAAGUUAAAAAGAAACAUACUAAGAAGACUGAGUAAAUUUACUUCAUGAGUUUUAGAAGGCAAAAAAUUUUUUAUCUACCUGUUAGAUUGUGAUAAAUAUUUCUGUUGUAAAUGAUGUGAAAUAAAGAUUAUAUGUAAGGAAUAGAGGUGACAAAAAAAACCUUUCUGUUUCAGGGAGACUCUCCCUUUCUGGAUUGUAAUUCUUGAGUGUUAUGAGCGUAUCAUGUGAAAUUGUUUUUCUAAGUUAUACAAAAAUAUUUUAUUGUGGUUAUUUUACAGUUUUAUAUCAAUAGAAGCAGGCUACAUGUUUUUAAAUCCAGAGAAAAUAAACCUACUAUCAUUGCAAAAUUACAAAAAUUAAAGCCCUUUUGUUUUAUUUAGAUAUUUUUAAAUCUAUAUUUAAAAAUAUAGACUGAGCUUCAGUUCAGUAACAUUAAACUUUUAAUUCAUAUUAUCCUAUAAUUUCUAGAUAUGGAAAACAAUUCCUGUUUAAUUUUAAACACUGGGAAGAGUUAACUUACCUAAAUUACUUUAUAUUACAAAUGAAAAUAAAUUACUAGUUUAUAUUUCAGAUAUAAAAAAUUGUAUAUUUUAUUCACAUUAAAUGGAAAUAUCUGAAGUUUUAUUAAUUUUUAGUAGUUUUUUUUCAGUGAGGACAUAGUAUUAGUCUGAAUCUCGAAGUCUAUUUUAUGUCCUUGUUUAUACUGUUUCUUUAUGAAAAGAAAGUCAGGGGUGUAAUUUUUAAUACAUUACUGAUCCUGUGUUUUUCUUUGUUUUAUUUGAGGAGCUUAUGCUUUUUUCUCUCUCCAUAGAAAUUUAUUUUUAACUGUAGGAGAAAUUAUUCUCAGCAGUUUACAUACUCUUCUUUCUGACCUUUGGUUUGAAUCCAUUGAUGGCAGUAUCACCUUAAUGAUUCAACAAAUAGUAUUGUUUCCAUUUAAAAAUUUUUCCUGUAUGUCUCUUUUCUAAUGGGAACUUUUUAGUUUUUUAGUUGAAAUGUCUCUGACUAGUUUUCAUAUAUUUGUUAUAUUUUAAUCUACAUGUACAUGUAUAUAUUGUUAAUUUUACCUUAAAUUAAAAAUAAUACCCUUAUGUGAAAAUGAUUAGCUCUAGUGAUAGUAGUCCUUGGGCCUUUGGCAGUAACCGGCUACAGUCUCUAUGGCGGUCCAUCUGAAUGAAGAAUGAUGACAUUAACUCUGUUCCUUUUAGAUUUCUCACUUUAUUUUAUAGUUUAAAAGUUCAAUUAGAACUUUAAAACUCUGUGACUGACAUUUCUUCUAUCCAGACUAUAAAUCUGCUGACCUGCAGAGUUAGUGUGUAUCAGAUAUUUUUGGAUGGCUAACAAGUCUUCAAGUCACAAUAAAAUUAGAAGGGUUCUUUUUGUUUGUUUUUGUUAGUUUAAAAACAUUUUUUAACACAUGCAGACACCAGCAGGGACUAUACUUUUACUUGCUAAAAAAUUUUUUUUUGUAGUGGGUAGAACCUUUGACAGCUUUCGGAUGUAUGAAGUUUAUUUUCAGUAUUGUGAUAAGACAUUAAAUAUUUAAAUUUCUUCAUUAUAUUUGAUACUCUUAUAGUUAAGAACUGUUCAAAAUUAACAUGUUACUAGUUGUUGACUUAAUUUUGAAAUUUGGGUUUGACUACAGUUGAAAUCUUGUAUUAAAUACAAAUUUAUUAAAAUAAGUUAUUUAGCACCAAUGGAGUAUUUUCGUGAUUUAAAAAAAUAUAUUUUUUUGAGUUAGGAUUCAGAACUCAUCUGGCGUUUUGAUUGAUAGAGCAUAUACUGAAUGAUUACCGUCCAAAUGGGACAUUGCUACAAACUUUUAAGGUCUAUGCAAGCUUCCUAAAACCUUUAAUUCAUGUGUUGGAGAACAUGGCUCAGGCCUGAAACCUUCCACCCUGAAUAGACCCAUGCUGCCUAGAGACUUGCCUAGAUUUGCAAAGCAAACUGUUAGACUCCGUGCCCAAUGCGUAGCUCAAAUGAGGCCUGUUGACUAGCUUAACACGGCCAAUUAUUGGGAGCCCUGAGAAAGUCAAGAUCUGGUAGAUCUCCUUACAUAAAAAACAAGAAGCUGACAAGAACAUGGGCUGGCUUAACUCAGUGAUCUCACACUCUAAUAAAAUGUGGCCAAAUUAGUAUCAAAUUAUGAUGUAUUAGAUUAGUUACUCUUUUUUGCUGAGGGUGAAGGCUGGAGGGGAGCCAGAUGUUUGGAAUGGGUGUAUUUCAGUGGAAAUUCCAGCUUCCCUAUAGGCGGAGGCCAAAAAGUAAAGAAUGAGAGAAGAGGAGAGACAUUUUCUCUUUAGUGUAUUUUUUUUGUUUAUUUCUUUAAGGCCUAACACCAUUUCAAAUCUACUUCAAAUCAUAAAUUGAUUAGUACUGAGUGAUAUGUUGGAAAUGAAAUAAUGUGUUGAAGAAAGCCCUCUUCCCCCACUGCUUCCUUGGAGUUUAUAUUCCACCGGUGGAGAGACAUGUAAUAAACAAAUAUGUUCUUAGGGUAAUACUAAAGGGCAUGAAUAAAUAUGAAGCAGUAUACAAGGAUAGAAAGUAAUGGAGUUGGGGAUGUUAAAUAGGAUUGCUGGAGAAGGCCUUUCUGUUAAAAAUGGAUAUAAUGAGACUUGAAGGGAGCAGCCAGGCAGACUUGUAAGUUUAAGGGUCAUUAUGUUUUUUCAUAGAGUCGGCUUAUAUAUUUUUUUCCUAAAACUACUGAAUUUCAUUUUAUUUUUGUUUUUAAAGAUUUUAUUUAUUUUUAGAGAGAGGGGAAGGGAAGGAGAAACAUCAAUGUGGGGUUGCCUCUUGUGCGCCCUGUAGUGGGGGACCUGGCCUGCAACUCAGGCAUGUGCUCUGCCUAGGAAUUGAACCAGUGACUCUGGUUUGCAGGCCAGCACUCAAUCCACAGAGCCACACUAGCCAGGGCAUAAAUUUAUUUUUCUUGUUAAGUACAAUUUCACUCAUAGUUUUUAAUUUUUUUUAGGCUGCUCACUCUUGUUUAACAGACAUAUCUUUUAUAGAAUUUAUUUUUGUUUUUAUAAUUUUUUUCUCUUCAGAUAAAAUUUGCAUACAGUGAAAUCUGUAAAUUGUAAGUGUUCAUUUAAAGAGUUUUACACGUGCAUACAACUAUAUCCUCUAAACUCCUAUAAGAUACAGAGCAUUACUGUAAGAACUUUUCCAGUUACCCUUUUUCCCCAAGUGAAAUUAAAUAAAAUCAUGCAAUA